GUUCAAAGUUGAAUUGUGACGCAAGGACGCAUUAGUUGACGGGCGCAUACAGAUGAAACAAGUUUUCCUUAUUUCAUAUUGAUUUCAAUGUAUUAACACAUUCGUCUGCGAAACACGCUAUUUUAUUCUCUGGUGGGUUUGUGAGCUCGCAGCGGCUACACGGGCAGCUACCCAGCCCAAUGAGCUAGCUGCUAGCUGUCGGCUUAUGACGUUAGCAUGUUAGCUAGCGCAGCUAACAACGGCAACCGUGGCAGCUAUGGAUCCGCUGAGCAUCGUCGAGGAUGAAGUAGCUUUAGAGGGUUUGGACGGCAUCACGAUUUUCAGUCUGUGGAUACGACUGGAAAACAGGAAGCCCAAGUUUCCCCUUAAACUAGACGAAUGCACCAAGGAAUUUGUCUGGAAGUCACUUUUAAGCAACGCCGAGUUGACUUUUUUUGAGCUGCCUCAGGAGAGAGAAGAUGUUGUGCUGUUUGACAGGUGUAAAGACGUUGACCCAGACACUGGCGUUGAGAAGGCACGUCCGUUCUCAGAUGCAGAUAAAGAUAUAUACCCAGUCCAUAUCAUUGUCGAAAACAAGGAUGGCAUCCAGGGCUCAUGCGCCCUUUUCACGCAGAGGAAGGACAUCACAAAGAAUGUCCGCUCCAAGUCCCUCACCCCACUGGUCACCUUGGACGAGGCUGUGAAAAGAUAUGGCAGAAAACUUGUCGCAGUGGCAUCUCAGACGUUGCGCUUCAGAACACUGAUUGGUAGCGAGAGUGACCCAGAUUUAAAACUCAGCGACGACUCUUACUGUUUGUUGGAAAGAGUCGGCCGAUCACGCUGGGAAGGAGAGCUACAGAGGGAUCUGCAUGGAAACUCUUUCAAGACUGAUGCUCGAAAGUUGCACUACAUGAGGAAAGCUCUUGUCAAGCAUGGACUUAUUCGCAUGCAGUCUCAUGUCACACGGCUGAAGUCGGGAAAUCAGCAGUACUCCAUUCUACUGCAGCUGAAACGCUUCCACAUUUUGAGGAGGAGUAAGUAUGAUAUACUUACAGAGCGUGUGUCCAACAUUCUCCAGCAGUUACCCGGCCAGUUUGCCACCAUGGUCGUACUCAAAAACCACCUUAAUUUAACUGAGUGUUCAUUUAAGCGUCUGCUAAAUUACAUGCGAUCAUCCAAGUUGAUUCAGUUUGUUAAGUACCCUCUAGAAGACUUGGAUCCCGCCGCAGGACCGUGCACCACUAGAACCGGUAAUAAAGUCCGUGUGCACUGUGUGAAGCUGCUCAAACCGUAUGCAAGAAAGGGUGCUGGUGAAGAUGAUGACGAUGAUGACGACGACGAUGAGGAAAAUGAUACACAAGGAAGAACAGCUUUCCCGACAGAGGGCCGAAUCAUGGAGAAGGAUGUUCUGUCACAGGCCUAUAGCCUGAUUUCAUCCUGUGGCACGAAGGGAAUCCCCCAGACUGGUAUCGGAUUUAGAAUGAACAUUGGUAAACUGGAAUCACGUAUGAUCUGUCGAACCCUGGAGAGAGAUGGUUUAAUUAAGGGAUUCUUGGUGGAUGAGGGACGACAGAGGACUACAAAAUUUAUAAGCCACAAGUGUGUGGGUGUGAGUGAUCAAUUCCAGCUCUUUGCAAAGGAGCAGGAACGAAGCAAGGUCCUCUCGUCUUCUGCAGUGCAGGCAUCAGACACCCCCCCAGCCACCCCUAAGACGCCAACAACCUCAGGAGCAAGUGCCAAAACGUCUGCAAGAAAGAAGAAAUCAGGUAAAACGCCAGACUGCAGUGAGUCCAAAGCUGAUAAAACCCCUGAUUGGAUGAAUGUCUCCUCAGCAGAACAAGCUCCAGUUGAAGAGGACGAAACUCGUAACCCAGCUCCUGCCACCCCGGAGCCUCAGAGCGAGGUGCCGAAUGCAGAUGUCAACUCAGGAGACACUGUGGUUGUCAGAGAUGUAGACGAGCUGAAGAUAUCCAGCAUAACAAUAUCCAAAAAGUCUUUGGAGAAGACUCACGAGACGUAUCGCUUGUUGAAGAGGAAAAAUCUGAUCAUUGAGGCCAUCCAGAACCUUAAAAUUAUAGAGGGUCUUUUCCAGCUUCAGAAGAUGAUCAACGAUGAGGAGAGGCAGAGCGGAUUAAGCUCCAAGUGUUGCCGGAAAACAAUUUUGCGUCUUGUCAACAGUUUGCGCAGGGAAGGAUUGCUUAAGAUUUUCACUACCACCGUCAUAGUGGACGGGAUCACCAAGAAGGUAGAGAUGGUCGCUCAUCCAUCCAUUCAACACACUGAUGACAUCGUGAACAGAGUCAUAGAUCAGGUUCGCUUCAGGAUCUCCAGCUCUGACUCAGCCAUUCGCAUGCAGACUCAAGAGAAAGAGAAAGAACAGAAACAAGCAUCUGAUGAGAACACGUCCAGCUCUUCUAAAUCCAUGGGAAACCAGGCUGUCAAGAAAAGUGCAGGGGUCAAAAAAUAUGAAAAAUUCCAACCUACCACAGUUAAAGGAUUGGGCAAGACUUGGGGCUUCCAGCCUAAGAUGUAUCGGAUGCGCGUGGUUCAUGCCUUCCUCUAUUACCUGAUUUACGACCACCCGCUGAGAGACAAAUCCACUGGUUUAGCCUCCACCGGCUCAACAACAGAAAACCUGCACAGCUCCAAUCCUGAUGCCAAGCACCCAGACACCGCUGAAAUAGAGAAAAGCUCCAAUCUUGAUGGGAAGCACCCAGACACCACUGAAAAAGAGAAAAGCUCCAAUCUUGAUGGGAAGCACCUAGACACCACUGAAAAAGAGAAAAGCUCCAAUCCUGAUGCCAAGCACCCAGACACCGCUGAAGAACAGAACCUGAACAAUACACAGCCUUCUAAAAAUGCUGCCUCUGUGGAACCAGAAACGGCACAUGCUUCCAGUCGGGAUGUGGCAUCAGGUGAUGAAGAGGUGGAGCAGACGAAAAAGGUCACACCUGAAAAUCAGUCUGAUCUGAAAGUUUAUGCUGAUGAAGACUCAUGGAAGAGGUUCAUCCCUCCUGUCCAUGUGCACAGAGACUAUGGCAGCGGCUGGGCAAUGGUUGGAGACAUUCUCCUCUGCCUGCCUCUGUCCAUCUUCAUUCAGGUCAUACAGAUCAAUUAUGAGGUGGAGGGACUGGAAGACUAUCUCAAAGACCCGGUGAAGCAGCACUAUCUUGUUAGUGCUCUGCCUCCCAAAAUGAGAAGACAGCUGCUGUUUAAGCGGAAAUACAUUUUCUCAUUUCACGAAACCUUGCAAAAGUUGGUCUAUAUGGGUCUGCUUCAGUUCGGUCCUGUGGAGAAAUUCCAAGACAAAGACCUGGUGUUUCUGUUCUUGAAACGCAAAGCCACGAUCGUGGACACCACCAACGCUGAACCUCACUACUGGCUCGUCACAGAGUUGCCUGACAAACCCUUUGAGAGGCGCCGGUACUUAUUCAACAGCACUGACGAUGUGGAAAACUACUGGUUUGACCUGAUGUGCGUCUGCCUCAAUACUCCACUGGGGGUGAUCCGUGGCAAGAGAAAUGCUACAGAAGUGGAAGCUGCACCUUCAUUUGUGCGUGAACGUAAUGUGUUUGUUGGAUUAGCCUACAUGCUAAGGGGAAACAGUGAAGUGUGUGACGAUGGGCUGAUACCAGGAGAUGGUAAAGGAGCAGGAGGUCUCCACUCUGAAUUCUUUGCUCAUCUUAAACGUAACUGGUAUUGGACCAAUCACCUGCUUGCUCACAAAAAGCCGCCAUCUGGUUCGGAAGCGCCAGAGUCUAAAGUCAGACUGAGGAGCCUGCUCACUAAAAACGCUCUCAGGAUUGCACUUACAGCUGGAGGAACGACCUCACCACGUUGUGUGACCACCAAGCAGUCAGUAAUGCCACAAAAUGUUGAGGUUGGUGUCGAGUCUGCUUCCAGAAAUGAGCAGGUGGUCGGAGGAAAGAGACAGAAGAGGAAGAGAAGCAAAAAGGAGGUUGUUAAGGUCCAACGGAAGAAGAAGAAGAAAGAGCCCAAGAAACGAACCCCUGCCCAUGACGAGGCCGACCACAAAGCUUUGAAGAUGAUGACGAGGCAUCGAGUGUGUUGGUCCGUACAAGAAGACUCGCUCAUGAUGCUCUGCUGCGUGGCCUCAGACCUGUUCAACAGCAAGCUGGAGAGGCCGUUCGUACCGUGGUGUGUGGUGAGAGACCUGCUUCAUGCUGAGUUUGACAUAUCGGCAGAUAAAACCUCUCUCGCUGUCGGGCGCCGCUCACGGCACAUUCUGAAGAAUCCUCAGACACGGCUGAACUACAGGAUCUGUCUGGCUGAGGUGUACCAGGACGAACUUCUGAUGAAGGAACUGGAGCAGAAGAAGCCUGCUGAUCCCAACAAACCAGAGGAUUGUGCUGCAGCGUUCUCCGAGUACGCCAGGCUGCUCAGACUCAAGUUCAGGUCUGCCAUGAGCGUCCAUGAUUGGAUCAUCCCUGACACGAAGGAGGAGCUUUUCACACGGUUUAUGGUUUCCACAAUAGAAAGUGGGAAGUGUAUUUCCUGCAAAGAUGUUCUUAGUUGCAAAGAAGACAUUCAUGCCAUAGUGCUGCAUAAUUUAAUUCAGAGCACUCUGGCCAUGACCAACAAUCAGAUGAAGUCCUCAAGGUCCUUUCAGACCUUCCUCACUUACAGUAAGUACAACCAGGAGAUGCUGUGUCAAGUGUUCCUACAGUGCAAGAAGAGGGGUCUGGUCAACCGGCGCCGUGUCGGUCAGCAAUUCGGACCAAAGAAGAACCGAUCGCUGCCCAUCCUGCCAAUGUCCUAUCAGCUGUCUCAUUCCUACUACAGAUGCUUUUCCUGGCGUUUUCCUUAUACACUCUGCACUGAUUCUUUCCACUUCUUGAGGAGUUUAAUUAACAACGGGAUACGAGAUGACAGACCUUUUACUUCGUUUUACCAUGAGACUGAAUACAGGACACUGAGAGCAGAAGAGGAGAAGAAAGCAGAGGAAAUAGGAGAGAAACAAGACGGAGGAGAGCCAGAGAAGACAAACACCAAAUUAACAAAUGAAGGAGGAAAUGAGUUGAUGGGGGUUGGUGGGAAGACAUCAGAGGAACAGACAAACUCAGGGGAAACACUCACAGACGGCGGUCCAGGAGCUGAGGCUCCAACCUCAGGCACAUCACCUCCAACUCCACAGGCUCCUCCUGAUGUGACAGACAUGUUGCAGUUCUCUAUAAACUCUGCAGGUGGCGCUUGUGUCGUUUCUCUCAGCCUGAUGACUCUGGGACUGCUGAGCGUGUCUGUUUCCAUACCAAAGCAGAUGGUGGUGGUAGACAGCAGCCUGGUGGACAAAGAUGUAGUCAAGAGUUUGGUAACACUGGAGGAAGACGAUGACGAUGACGAUGAAGGUGGGGAUUGUGACGGGCGAAAGAAGUUAGAAGUGAAGGCUCAUCAAGCAUCGCACACCAAAUACCUGAUGAUGCGAGGACACUGCUGCCCCGGCAUAGUAAAACUGCGUAACCUCAAUACUAAUGACAACAUUGUGGUGGAGUCGUGUGUAAUGAGGCUGCAGCUGCGUAACACACCUGCUCACAGCUUAUUCUGCUCAGAUAGUUUUGUACCGCUGGACUUGACUAAGUGUGGUCCGUCCCUGUUGCCCUCCGUCCUCACCUACUCCCUCGGUAAUUUCAGUUCUCCUCCCAACGUGGAGGAGUUAGAAACACGUUUAAUUCAAGGACGAGGCUACACUCCUCAGGACAUCGAGGCGUGUGCACGGCUCAGGAGGAGCUUGGAUGAAGCUGGUGUGAAUGGCCUGGAUAUAAACCACCUGUAUGAGGCUCACGCACGCGUAGAGGAGCCGCAGUCUGGAUGCAGCAGGAGCCUGCAGCAGUGCGUGAAGGAUUUGCAAGAAGAAGGUCAGAUAAUAAAAGUUGGGAGUCUGGGCGAGCGUUGGGUCCUCGUCCAGCACGCUGAACCGUGGCUGCUGACCAUAAACUCCAAGCAGCGGCCCCAGUCACUGUCCAAGUCUGAUGGACUCAGCCUUUUGAAGAGUCGGCACAACAUCCCCUUCAUGCGCAAGAGAUGCAAGCGAGACUCCCCAGAGCAAACGGAGGAACCGGCGGCCAAAAGGUUGGCUGUGGACCCGGAGAUGGACGACAGGGAGACAGGAGAUACAGGAGAUACUGCAGAGACAACAGCUGGCGAGGAACAGCAGAGGGAGCAAACAGCUGAGGGAGGUGGAGAUGCACAGGUGGAUGUAGAAAUGGACAGAACAAUGCAAACGGAGCCCAGUGAGAUAGAAGAGAAGGCGGGAGAAGAAGAGAAGGUGGAAAAUAAGGCAUCGCGGGAAGAAAAAAUGCAGCUGAGAUCAAGGAAAGGAGCAAUAAAUGAAGGUUCAGAGAAACCCGAGCCUCCCCUGACUGGAUCAGAUGAUCAGGAUGAUGAGGAGCAGGUGAGCUUCAUCAGCCGGCCGUGGCGCUUGGUGGAUGGGAAGGUCAACCGGCCGGUGUGUAAGGGCAUGUUGGAGGCGGUCCUUUAUCACAUCAUGUCCCGGCCUGGACUCACGCAGCAGACGCUGAUGCAGCAUUACACAGACGUGCUGCAGCCCGUGGCCUUGCUGGAGCUUGUGCAGGCACUUCUCGACUUGGGCUGCGUGACCAAAAGAACCCUUCGUAAAAGUCCCAAGGCUUCACUGUUUUCCUGCUCUGUGAACCAAACAAGUGGGACAGGAGCACAGAUGGAGGAACCAGAUGCUGUGUUCUAUGAGCCCACCGUCAGCUGCUGCCUGCGGCUCAGUCAGCUGCUGCCAAACGAGCGGCACUGGAACCAGUGUGAACCAUGAACUGGACCCUGCAGAACCUGCACAGCAUCAGACUGACUGCCGUUGGAGUAGUUUUACUACGUUCUCUUCACCUUUUACAAUUGUCUUGGUUCAUUUUGGUUCUGUUACCAAAGCUUUAGUCUUGAAUUUUGUAUUUGGUUUGGUUUUCAUGUAUAAAUAAAAAUCUGUUCCAUUACAUGCA